ACGGAACCGAAUGAACUUCCGGUGAAUGUAAGGUAAUGUAAAAAUAUGUUUGAUGGACAUUGAUUCAAGGAAAUAUUUCAGGUGUCAUGUCGUUCAGCAUUGCUCGAAAUUUUCGGACAUCUGCACUUGUUCUAGUUCUCAUAAAGGUGCUAUCACAUGCACAUGCAGAUAAGAGUUUUGAAGAUGUGCGUUGCAAAUGCAUCUGUCCACCCUACCGAAACAUCAAUGGACAUAUCUACAAUAGGAACGUAUCCCAGAAAGACUGUAACUGUCUGCAUGUGGUGGAGCCCAUGCCAGUGCCUGGCCAUGAUGUGGAGGCCUACUGCCUGCUCUGUGAGUGCAAGUAUGAAGAACGAAGCAGCAAUACUAUCAAGGUGACCAUUAUCAUCUACUUGUCAGUGGUAGGAGCUCUUCUGCUCUACAUGCUUUUCCUGCUUCUAGUUGAUCCUCUGAUCCGCAAAUAUAAUCCCUACACUAUGCCACUGCAGAAUGAGGAGGAUUCAGAGGAUGUCAGGCCUUGUGUGGAUGGUUCUCAGGGCCGUGGAAAUACAGUGCUCGAGAGGGUAGAGGGAGCACAGCAGCGCUGGAAGAAACAGGUCCAGGAGCAACGCAAGACCGUGUUUGACCGCCAUAAGCUGCUCAGCUAAACCAUCAGGCUGAGUCAGGCACUGUGGGAAAAGGGUAGACUGGGCACCAUUGACAAAGAUAACAUGCAUAAUGGUCUUAGAAUUUCAAUUUUAUGAGCAUGUCAUUUGUCUUGAUGUCUUUAUAAUCUUUCAAAGGCUAAUUUGGUUGUAUUCCACGUUCAUAUUGAAGCUUGAGCUAUGAAAUAAGAAAGCAACAUGUUUAAGUUGUUUAGAAUGCUAUUAAGUUGACUUGCCAUCAACUUGGACAUAAAUGAAAAGAAUCUGCAAUCUCCACUUUGUCUCACUCCAAUGAUCACCUUUACAUUUCUUACCAUAUAACUUGAAUUUGUGACUGCUGUCCCUACUGUGCUCUGAAGUUACUUUGCAAAGGAAGAGAUUGCUGAGAAAAGCAGUGUAAUUGUGAAAGACUGAUGUGAAACUGUAGAUAAACUUAAAUGUAUAGAAUGAGACCCAUUAUUGUUUUAUAUAUAUAUAUAUAUAUAUAUAGUUUGCUAAUUUAAAGAUGGCACAUCUCACAAUCAUAUAUUUUAAGACAUUGUAAUGUUGACCUGUUGUAAUAACCUAACUUACAAAUGUAUAUAUUUUUCAUAAUAGUAAUGGCAAUAAGCUUAUAGUUCUAAUUGGUCACUACCUUCAAUCAUACUAUAAAAAUAUGCUAUAUUUGCUAUUUUCUGUUUUGUAAACAUACAAAAACUCUGCACUCUAAAAAAAAAUCUAAAUAUGUAGGAUUUUUAGAACUUAUUUAUAACUGUUUUUGCUUGACUAUCAUAUUUGUUGCUAAUAUUUGAAUGACUUGCAGCUGUUUUACAUCUGAAAAAUCCUUGCUUAUGUGAAAAUGCACAACAAUAUUAAAUGUACUGAGU